ACAUGUUUGUUCAGAAUGGGUCCGACGUCAUAGUGACUUCCGUGGACAUUGGCCGAACAUCAUGGUACAAAACAUCAUCCUCAUCAGCAUUUUUUCUCUUCAUCCUAUUUCUCCAUCGAGCAGACAGACCUUUCUCAAUCUUUCACAAUUCAAACACAAACGUAUCGAAUCAACAACCAUGUCAUCAUCACAAAAGGUCCUCAUCAUCCUCUCGGAUGCCGAUCACUUCGACAUGAAGAAGACUUCCGGCGCGGACGCCGGCAAGAUCGUUUCACAACCCUCCGGCUUCUUCCUCAUGGAACUUGCGAAGCCCCUCCAAAAACUCCUGGAUGCCGGCUACGAAGUCACUUUUGCCACACCUGAAGGCAAAGAGCCCGUCCCCGACCCCAACAGCGAAACCCUCCUUGCCUUUGCCGGAAACUUCUACGAGCGCCGCCGCGAGAAUGAGUUGCUUGAGCGCAUGAAGAAGGAGAAUGGCUUUUCUUCGCCCAGAAAGUUCAGGGAUAUCAGUGAUCAGGAGUUGGAGUCAUUCCGCGGCGUGCUCAUCCCAGGUGGUCAUGCUCCCCUGACUGAUCUUAGCGACAACAAGGAGUUGGGUCGUAUCCUUGAGCACUUCCACGGCAAGCAGAAGCCUACUGCCACUAUCUGCCACGGACCGUACGCUUUCCUUUCCACCAAGGCAUCGAGUGGCAAGUUCUUGUACGCCGGCUACAAGCUCACUUCCUGGUCUGAUAUGGAGGAAGCCAUGAUGGAGACGAUGCUCGGAGCUGAGAUCCCCAAGGUCGAAGGCACGUUGCGCGAGAACGGUGCCAAUAUGAUUGAGGGUAUUGGCGAGAAGCUUGGUUACAUCACUGUCGAUAGGGAGGUCAUCAGUGGUGGAAACCCUCUUGCUGCCAACCCUCUGGCCGAAAAGUUCAUUGAGAUGAUGAAGGCUUAGAGGAUCAAGCGAUUACGACUGUAUGAAGAAAGAAGAUAGACAAUGAUAAACUGCAUAACAUUGCG